UUAUUGGCUUCCCGCUCGUCCCAUAUCCUUUCGAAUUAAUAUCAGACGAAACAAGCAAACACCAAAACCGAAUAAUCAAAAGCCAUAAAAGCAAGAUCCAAACCAACCGUUAAAACUUCCAUUCCAUCUUUCUAGAGGAAAAGUAGAUAAUUGACAGAGAGAGAGCGAGAAAUGGAGUCCGACCUCUCACUCAUCGAAAUCGCUGGUGAAGACGAUUCCCUGCUGCAACAGAUCCCUAACGACGACGUUUCCACCCUUAACUCCAGUCAACGAUCCAACUACAGCGACUAUUUUUUGUGCUCGCCUCUCCAACUUCCCAGAUCCAAGUCAACUGCAGAAGGUAAGAUAGUGAAUGGGGAUCCAGAGAAAACUAGUUCAUCCUGUACAGAUAGUAUAAACAUAGAGAAAAAUAAUUCAAGUAAAGCAGAAGCACCGAAACUCAGCGUUGAACGCCAACAAAUGAAGAGGAAAAAAAAGGGUGGAGGGUACAAUUUGCGGAAAAGCUUAGCAUGGGACAGUGCUUUCUUCAUUGAAGAAGGUUUUCUGAAUUCGGAAGAGUUAUCUAUGAUUAGUGGGGAUUGUGGCAAGUCUAGUGGGAAUAUGUUGUCAGUUAUUGAGGAAGAAGGACCGAACUGCAGUAACGAUUCAUCAGAUCUGCAGGCACUUGAAGAAAAUUUAUUCGAGGAAUUGCCAGCAAUUUCUUCUAGCAAAGAGAGGAGAACUGGUGUUGGUUUAUUAACAAAGCAUGACUCGUCUCCCACGGUCAAACGCAAGGUUCUAUCAGCCCAUGAUGUCAAUACAAGUGGCUCAAAACGCAGUGGCUGUCCGCGGCCUGUGGCUUCUUCUUCUUUGAAGAGGCCUGCAAAUUCAAACACAACAAAAGCAGCAACAAAAGAUCCAAAAAUUUCCAAGUUACCAGUUCUAAAGCCUUAUCCUGGUGCUGUCUCUAGGAUUCCCAAGAGUGUUAUACCAUGUGCAAGUGGAUCAAAGGGUAAUCAGAUGGCUCUGCCUGCAAUCAAUAUUCAGAAAAAUUCUCGAUUAAAAGCCUCCUCAAACAAUAGCAGGAAUGUCCUGAAUAAUGCAAAACCUGUUCCUGCUGGCAAACCUUUAACUACUAAAACCUCUCUUGGACAAGCUAGAAGAAAUGUGGCCAGCUCAGUUAAACGUUUGUCAACCGAUUUAAAGUUGUCACCGGUUACCAUUGCAAAUAAUAGCUUAGAGGUGACAUCCGAUCCAUCAUUUCCUUCUGCUCGAUUUGUAUCAAAAGCUGAUGAUGGAUCCAGCAAUCCACCACUUACUUCUGCUCAAUAUGCAUCAAAAGCUGAUGAUGGAUCCAGAAAAAAUGCAACUUCUCUCCCCAAAAAUGCAUGCUAUACUGGUGUUAAUAUGCAACGUGUUCAACCCCAAAUAGCAAAACCAUCAGGUUUACGGAUGCCGUCUCCAUCUCUGGGAUUCUUUGGUCAGCCAAAAGCUCCCUCUUUGCAUAAUCCAUUGAACAGGAAUUCUCAACCAUGCAAUCUUCCUAAGUCCACUGUUCCUGCUGCUCAAAAUCCUAUUCACGAGUUGAGACCUCCGCUUGUUCCUCAGAAGAUACCAAAAGUAGUCAAUGGUGGGGCAACAGCGGUAAAUGUCAAGGUCCCAUGCUCAAACUCCGGAUCCUCAGUUCCUUCCACUGUUAACGCUGCUUUAAUUGAACAUAUCGAAUUAUUAUCUCAAGGAACUGAUAUACCUAAAGUGGAAAAAAUGGUUCAACAUGACCAGAAUAGUUAUGAAGCAAUAAAGAACCAGAACACGUUGCGUAGAGUGGUUGAUAUGGACCACCAACUCGUGGAACCAGCAGAGCCACGUAUCAGUGAAACGACUUCUCAAAUGGAAGACAAAGAAUUGCAGAGGACUGAUAAAAAUUGUGAAGUUGGUCUUUCCGAUGAGAACCAGAUGCUACAGACCAGCAAUGAGGAUUUGUUGAAUAAAAGUCUUGGUCCGGAAGAGCUCCAUAGUUUCAGCUGUGCAGAGGUUGUGGAUGUCUGUUCAAAAGUUCAAGACUCAAGUGCAUCUGAAAUUGAAAAUUCAAAUGCUUCCUCUCAUCUUCAGUUCAUAGAGAAGGAAAAAGAUGAUAAUAGAGCGGUUGAUGAAGUGAAAACAAAAUCACAUGCAGGAGGGCCGUCUUUAGAUGGAAGUAUUACUGUUGCAAUCAGCAACAGUAAUCUGAAAACCUCGAUGGAUGUGAAUGAAAAAUAUAAACACCUGGAGUCUUUAAAUACCCCUAUUACUGGAGAACAAGGUUCUGCAGUUGAUGCGUCAAACUUGGAUGAUUGCUUAGCAAGUGCAAAUAAUUUCUAUUCAGAGGAAUCAACAGAUAAAACUGUUCCCCAUUGUGUUGAGUAUGCUGAACCAGAUGGAAUUGGUACUUCUAAAAGUGAAUCGAAACAUUUUGGUGCUCCUUGUCUGAUACCUCUAGCUAUGCUGGAUCAUGGAUCUAAUUUGGAUAAAUUGGACAGCCAUACGCCAGAUGAUACUACCGGAGGUAGCGAACAAGGGGUUGAAAAUUACAAUCUUGAUUCUCAGUUUCUGCAUGAUAUUGAGCAUCAUGAACAUUCUACUUACAUGGAAUUGGAAAAUGUGGAUGAAGAUCAACUAACAGGUGCAGAAAAGCCUAAAGAUGUUGAAGUCAUUUGUCAGAAAAGUGGACACUCUAAUGGGGGUGAACUGAAAAAUCCCUUUUCCACAUGUGAGGAUUUAGAGAACAAAGAAGUCAAUUUAUUAGUUGAAAAUUCUUGCCCUAAUCCAAAAUUACAGCCUGAAGGUGAAUUUUGUCCUUUUCACGAGGAUAAUCCAAAAGAUCAAAUUGUUACGUUCAGAGGUAUAAUGAAUGUUGGCAAACACCAUGAGGAACAAGGUAAGGUGAUUGUGUCUUGCUUUUCUGAAAUUGAUAGAAUAGCUUAUAGGGAGAAACAGAGCAUUGAAGUCCAGGACUUGUUGGCUGAAGAUAGCGAAUAUCUUGAAGAGUCUCAUAAAUUAAACAGGGGAAACAGUGCAGAUGUCAACUCUAGUGGAGUAGAAAUUGCUGAUGGCCUAUCUGUAUAUGAACACAUGGAACAAGCAAGCAAAGAAAAUGAUGGUGUUAUUGGAGAUGCAUUUGUGCAGGCUUGCAAUGGCAGUUCUUUGGUUGACAGUUGUAAUAGUGACAAAUCUUCGGGAGUGAAUAGCCAAUAUUUGGUUGUUGAUAAGAAGAACAAGCAAUCUGGAAACUGUGAGCUUCAAAAGUCAGGCUAUGGAAUUGAACAAAUUUACACAGAUAAUGUUCCUGGAUUUUAUUUGAAUGCUACUCUAGUUGCAAACAACAGUUCUGGAGAAUUCAAGGACGAAAAUGUGUCUGCUUUUGAACAAUUUGAUGGUCGUGGAGAUGAUAAUGCCCUGGUAGCAUCUGUAAUGCAAGAUGGCAACCUUGAUGUGAAUAAAGAAGCUGAAAACUUAGAAAUGGUAAUUGCAGUUACUGAUUCGAUUAAGAUUGAGCCACCAAUUGAAACUAUGCAGUGUUCUGCACAGCCACAGCACAGGCAUGAAAAUGAGCUCAGCAGUCAAGUCACUUCUCUGGAGUUUGAUUUAUCUUCAAAAGUAAACAGUAACCAAAUAUCAAGGGAUCCUUUGACAUUUAAUACCAUGUCAUUUUCUUCUUUGGAUGAAGAAUCGGUAUCAUCUGUUAUGGGGGAGAAGACAUCAUUAAGUGCAAGAAUCCUCGGUAGUUAUGACAUUAGUGUAUUGACGGAUAAAAUACUUCCAAACGAAGCUGAAAAUAUUCUCUCUCGAAACAGUCAUACAAUUAACAGUGAACUGCAACAUGAGUUAGGAAAUACCAUUCCCACAGAUGAUAUAAGUGCAGGGGCAAAGGGGAAAUCUGGGAAUGAUAAGAAGCAAGAUAGUCGUCUAAUAAAGCCUCCAUCAAAUGCUGUUCCAUUCUCAGAUGAAUGGUUAGCAGCAUUUGAGGCUGCAGGGGAGGAAAUUUUAACUACGAAAAGUGGAGCUGUACAACAUUCACCGCCAGACAAAUCUCAACCUGAACCAGGUCCAUGGUCACCGGUGAAAAGAAAAAAUACCCAAGUGAUCGGACCAUUCGAUUGUACAAAAUAUAGCAACAUCACCAACAUUCCUCCAAGCCGACAUUAAUUGGACCAAGGUUCACCUAAUCAUCAUUUUUGCUAACAACUUGACCUUUUUCAGUAUUUUUUUAGGAAAAUACAAUAUUGCCCCAAUGGGCUUGCUCUCAAGAACCCAAAGCUAAGAAUGUUUUUUUUUUUUUUUUUUUUUUUUUUUUUGGGCUGAGACCAAAACUAAUUAUAGAUCUUUGAUCUCUGUACAAGGCAAAACAAGUGUAAAAUUUCUAGUGUUGAUCCACAAAUUAGUUUUUGUUAAUAUUUCCAUCUAUGUUGGUAACAGUACAUCUUCGGCCAGGUCUCUCUUAUCUUGGAUGAAUUUAAGCCCAAAAAACAGUUACUACGAC